AUGGUGCCAGGAGAAAGAUCUACGGAGGAGCUAAGGAGGCAUCAACAAUCACUUAAGAGAGCAAGUGCCAAAGAGAAAAUGGAUAGCAUUGAUUCAAGCCUCUCCCCAAGCCUGCUGCGUCUGGUUAAUCAAUCGAGGGACAAGGGCGCAAGUUCUUGGCUGAAUGCGAUGCCUCUCGCAGACAAAGGUUUAGCCCUCAACAAGCAAGAGUUCAGAGACUCGCUACGCUUGCGUUAUGACUUGCCCUUAGUCGAUUUACCAAGUCAUUGCAUAUGUGGGGAUAAAUUCACCGUUAGUCACGCCCUCUCUUGUAAAAAGGGGGGUUUGUAGCGCAGAGACAUGACGGUGUACGGAACUUGUUAACGACAUUCAUCAACAAGAUCUACAAUAAUGUCGAAAUCGAACCACGCGUUCAACCCCUGGACAACGAGCGAUUUCAUUUGAGGAGCGCUGUUACAAGUUCUGAGGCAAGGUUGGACAUCAAAGCGGGAGGUUUCUGGGCAAGAGGAGUUACGGCAUUUUUUGAUGUUAGAGUUACGCACGUCAACUCCAAGUGUUACCAGAGCAAGCCAACAUCGGAAGUGUUCAAAGAGCAAGAAGAAGAGAAAAAGCGCAAGUACCAGCAGCGGUUGUUAGAUGUAGAAAUGGGUUCGUUUACGCCUUUAGUGUUUGGAACCAAUGGCGGAAUGGGAAACGAGUGUCAGCGGUUCUUAAAGCAUCUCGCAGACAAGAUAGCACAGAAAGACACCGAGCCUUAUCAUGUUGUAAUUACUUGGCUCAGGACACAGAUCUCGUUUGAACUCUUAAGAUCGGUACAUGCAUGCGUCAGAGGUUCGCGAACGCCGUUUCGUAGCAAGAUAGAGCAAUCAUUAGACUGUAAAAUAAAUGUCCCUAGUGCGGAUAUCUGA